AUGGCUCGCCCUGCCAAGCAGCAGCAGCAGGUCGCGGCGGCCGUCGUGCUGGUGGCGCUGCUGGUGGUGUGCUCCGGCACGGCACCAACAACGCCGGUGAGCGGCGCGGUGACGUGCGCGCAGGUGGUGAGGGACCUGACCCCCUGCAUCAGCUACGCCAUGGGCGCGGGCGGGGCCGGCUCCGCGCCCGGGCAGGACUGCUGCGCGGGGAUCAAGAGCCUGGACGCGGCCGCCGGCACGGCCGCCGACCGCCAGGCCACCUGCGCCUGCCUCAAGCAGGCCACCGCCAGCAUGGGCGCGCUCAAGCCCGACGUCGUCGCCGCCAUCCCUGGCAAGUGCGGCGUCGCCAUCCCGUACCCCAUCAGCCGCACCACCGACUGCUCCAAGGUGCAGUAA